AGUGAGACCUCCUCCUCCUCUCAGAGGAUCUCUGAUCAGAGUGAGACCUCCUCCUGCUCCUCUCAGAGGAUCUUCGUCUCUUCCUGUCAGGAUGGCAGCAGGCAGCGCGUGGAGGUCAAUGUUGUCUCAGGUGGUCGUCGGGGCGAUGAGGAGACCGACAGCUUCAUUUAACAGAGGAAUGCAGACAGUCACUCUGAUUCCUGGCGAUGGGAUUGGUCCGGAGAUUUCAACAGCCGUCAUUAAAAUCUUUGAAGCAGCCAAAGCUCCCAUCAGGUGGGAGGAGAGGAACGUGACCGCCAUAAAGGGACCCGGAGGUCGUUGGAUGAUUCCUCCUGACGCCAAAGAGUCGAUGGACAAGAGCAAGAUCGGACUGAAAGGUCCUCUGAAGACGCCCAUCGCUGCUGGACAUCCGUCCAUGAACCUUCUGCUGAGGAAGACGUUUGACCUGUACGCCAACGUGCGGCCCUGCAUCUCCAUCGAAGGCUACAAGACGCCGUACACCGACGUCGACCUGGUGACCAUCCGAGAGAACACGGAGGGCGAGUACAGCGGCAUCGAACACGUGAUCGUGGAUGGCGUCGUUCAGAGCAUCAAGCUGAUCACGGAGAACGCCAGCAGACGGAUCGCAGAGUACGCCUUCGAGUACGCGAGGAACAACCAGAGGACGAGCGUGACGGCGGUCCACAAGGCCAACAUCAUGAGGAUGUCAGACGGGUUGUUUCUCAGAAAAUGUCGUGAAGUUGCUGAAAACUACAAAGAUAUCAAAUUCACCGAGAUGUACCUGGACACAGUCUGUCUGAACAUGGUUCAAGAUCCGACCCAGUUUGAUGUUCUAGUGAUGCCAAACCUAUACGGAGACAUCCUGAGUGACCUCUGUGCCGGGCUCAUCGGAGGACUCGGCGUCACUCCGAGUGGAAACAUCGGCGCCAACGGGGUCGCCAUCUUUGAAUCGGUCCACGGCACCGCCCCUGACAUCGCUGGCAUGGACCUGGCCAACCCGACCGCCCUGCUGCUCAGCGCUGUCAUGAUGCUGCGUCACAUGGGUCUCCAUGACUACGGGAACAAGAUCCAGACGGCCUGCUUUGACACCAUCAGAGACAAGAAGGUGCUGACGAAGGACCUCGGAGGAAACUCAAAGUGUUCAGAGUUCACGGCGGAUAUCUGUCGUCGCAUUCAGGACCUGGACUGAAGCUGCAGACGGAACCCCUGAGGGAGCCGGGCCAGGCCGAGCCGGGCCAGGCCGAGCUGAGCCGGGCCGAGCCGGGCUGCACUCACAUAGAAAGUGUUUUUUUUGUUGUGUGGAGGGGGAGGGGCCAGAUGUGGAGGGGCGGGACCAUGUGUGGAGGGGGCGGGGCUUCUGUCGCAGUAAACAUUCACAGUAACAUACGCACACAUGUCACAUGACCAAGAGUGGCAUCAUCAUUUCCUGAGGGUUCUGACGUCAUAGUAACAAGAACGUGUUAAUAACCAUAUCUGAAUAUUAAUGAACUCGUCAGACAUUUUGAAUAUUUACUAUUUUUUUAACCGUUAAUGAACUGAAAGGUU